UCUCAACUAUUUAUAUUUUCGACCGUUAUUUAAUAUUUUUCUCUUUGGAUCUUUGUUUUUAACUACGAUGUGAUGUGAGCUUUUGUUGAUCCUUCUCGCGCGCGGUGUUCUGGCCUUGGCUUUCAUCCCUUCUCCAUCUUGGAUGUGAUUUUAGGUACUGUCAUAUGGCUGGCUUACUUGCUAAGAAAAUUAUGAUUGUUUCCCUUCUUGAGUCUGAGGCAAUUUAAGAAAUAUCAGUGGCAUUUUGACAAAGAAAAGAAAAGAAAACGCAAAGAAAACAUGACUGAAGUAGUUAGUCAAGCUAAUAUUGAACGAAAAAGGCGUUUACCUGCAUGGAUGAGCACUGAUAAAGAUCAAAAGAAAUCUGAAAAUGAUAAUACAAAAGUUUCCGAGUCUGAAGAGAGAUCAUCAGUGCAAAUCAGUCAAUCUAAGGCUAAGUCCACAACGAGAAAGCGGGAUAGAGAAAUAUUAAGACAGGAGAGAGGUGAUCUGGUGGUGUUCGAAACUGCAAAAAAUUUUGAUUUAAAAGGGGAAAACAAGGAAUCAAAUAGCAGAAAUGAAGGGCCAAACAAUUCUUUCAGUAGUUGUGGUAAAUCUGAUUUACUGAAGAAUAGGAAGAAGAAAGGCAAGAAAAAAUUUGGUGAAUGUGAGAAAACACAAUUUGAAAGAGCUGUUCCCGGGAAACAGGACCAGAAGAGCGGCAGGUGUGAAGUUACUGAGAUAAAAGCCUCAUUGAAAGGAAGCAGUGAUGAUGAAAUAGACCUAUCAGUUGAAGAUCUUAAGAGCAUUGCUAAAGAGUAUGCCUGUGCAAAUACUGAGAGUCAACAUGUGAGGCUAGCUUUGAGAAAAACUGUCUCAGGAUUGGAUCUAUCAAGCUCACUUGACUCUAAGUUUGAUUCUGGAGCAUAUCUCACAACAGCUACUGCAUUCAACAAAACGUUAACUAAAUGUACCAGGUCCAGUUCACAAAUAAUCGGGAAUGAGGUGAAGGAUAAAGAUUCUCCUGCGGUUGAAAAUUUCAGUUGUAACAUUGCAAGAACAGGAGAUGCUGCCCAAGAUAUGUUGGAACUUUUUCUAGGUCCCUUGCUUAAAGGAGGCACAUAAACAGCAAGAUAUUGGGAUUAGUAAAACAGAGGGCAUGAUCUUUGUGGAUGAAUCUAAUGAAGCCCACAGCCAAGCAGUGUUGACAGAAAAGGCAACUGUGGAGAAAAAGAAGGGCAGUCUCAAAGAGAAGGUGGCCAUGUUUCUUCUCUGAGCAGGUGCUAGAAUUUGGAAUGUGAUAUUUGCUGCUAAUUGAGAAUUGAUGAGGUAAUCGUUCUUUCAUGUAUUGUGAAUACCAUGUAUUCUACUAUUUUUCAUCUUUAUACUAUUAGAGUUAUAUAUUUGCACAUGUAGAUCAAUUUAUUCUUAAUUUUGUUGCCAACAAGCCUUCUAUGCAUGUAUUUUGAGGAGAAAGCAGCAGUUGGGCCACAUCUGGAUUGAAUUAUAUGGUGGUAUUCUGAGGCAAUAAUAUACAUCCAAAAUGAGAUGUUUAAAGUGAAAGUUCUUGCAAUCUAAUCUACCUCUUUUGGUAUGAAAAAUUUGUCAGUUGUUUUUGAAGCAGAGUUGGAUGUUAAUGAUGUGUAACACCUCUUAUAAACUGAUUCUGGCCUUUUUCUUUUAUAAUAAUAAUAAACCAAAAUUUUAUGCAAGUAACAACUUUUUUAACAUGCUUUGUUUUAUUUUUUUUUCAAAUUGGGAAUUGUUCUUUUAGUAGUCCUACUCAAAGAUUCGUAGCUGUCAUUUAAUUUGAAUUUCAAAUUCAAGUACUGAGUUAAUGGUUUAUUGGAUUGUUGAUUAGCUUGAUAAGAUUGAACAGAUUUUUUAUCAGUUUACAUAUGUUACAUUGAAGACCAUUGGAUCUAAUAUUAACACUAAGAAGAGGAGAGGAAUAGUGUAUUUUAUUUUAUUUCUUGGUGUAUUAACAAUUUUCAGUGGGUUUCAGAGUGAGAACUAAUAAAUUUAUAGUGAUAUACAGCAACAUAAACUUGUUUGGACAUGUGCAUUAUAGGCAUGUUAGUACAUCUUCUUAGAGAAGGGGUAAUUCAUGUUCUGUCAGCCAAAAGGAUAAAAGGAAAGACAAAAGAAGUAAAUAGAUGGAAGGGUUAAGAAAUGGUGAGUGCAGAGAUGUAGAAGAGGAGACUGUGUUUCUAGAAAAGUGUGGAGAAAGACAUUUUGUGUGAUCGAACUUAAAUGGUUUAAGAUUAAAGCUUAUUAUUGUUGUAUAUUGAAUUACUUAUAGUGAGCGCACAAAUUUGCAAAUUCUUACAACGUCAAAAUAUUGACUCUUUUAAGCAUGAUUAUGAUGUCAAGUCUUUAGUAAAUAAUUUGUUAAUGUUCAUUAUUUAUCUUGAAAAUUGAAAUUUCUCCAUGCUUCCUGGUCCAUUUUGAGGCAGCAACAAGAUUGUUGGAUUGGUCAUUGACAUAUCAUGUAAUUCAUCAAUAUGUAAAUAUGUGUAAAACUAAGAGUUUCAUCUUUUUCUGCUGAUUCUUAUUGGUGUUAAUGCGGGGCCAUUUCUUUUUGUAUUUGCUGGUUGUUGUACUGGAGAAAUCUUGACAGACCUACUUUGUGUCCAUUCCUCUUUACAUCCUCUUGUACCUGCUGCCUGAACUCCCCGAAGGUGAAACUCUUGUAAGGGGAGGACUUCUUGCAGCUUCCUAUGGUGGACUCAUAUGAUGGGCAUAGAAAGUAGGCAACGGAGUACCUGUCCACCUUUCUGUUGACCAUCACCUUGUGCUCCACACUCUUGUAAAUGUCAUUGCUCCAUGCCUGUACAAUGAACCACUCAUCAGGUCGCCAAUGUUCACAAUUAGAGCAUGUGGAUUUGGUUUGACAGCGACCCAUUUGGAGUCCUUCAUCAGCUGCAGUCCUCCUACCUGAUCCUGGUAUAGGAUAGUUAGGAAGUCGCUGUCAGUGUGAGGUGU